AUGCCAUUGCCUUCGGGUCAAGUCACCAUCCCCCCUUCUCUCGGUGAAUGGAUAGUCUGGUUCUCAGAAACGAACUAUUUUAGCGCCACGGUACACAUUUCCCCUAUCACGCUGCGACUCUUGCUCUGUCAUCUUCAGACUCAAGUAUUUCAACUGCGAUCUACCAUGGGCACUGUUGCUGGCAGAGGCAGUACUCCCAAAGGACCCCAGCACAUGUCGAUUGUUCUCCUUUCGGUGCAAGUGCAAACCAUUCAAGAACUUCUCCACAAGUGGUACGAGCUGGCCAAGAUCCAGCCAAAUGAGACGGCCACGCUAGCAACUGCUUCCAACAUGAUGCUCUAUCAUCUGAUCAUGCUCAAUAUGAUUAUGAGCUUCCCGGAGAUAGAACGUGUAGCACGCAGCGGUCGCAAUAGCGAAGGGGCUAGCAGAAAGCCUUCGCACACGAAACACGCCUAUCACUUGGAGAAUCCACGACAGAUAUAUUUUCAUUGUGGCCAAGUGUUGCGCCAUAUCCGUUCCGUACCAGAGCCUGCUCGUCCAUCCUGGUGGGCUGGUGCCGUGUAUCGAGUAGCGCUGAUCACCUGGGCAAAUGGCAUGGUCUGUGCCAACGGGGACGAUGCCCAAAAUCGGAGAAACAUUAGCACACAAACUACGGUGGCCCUGGAUAUGCUUACCCCGGAUCACGCAUCUAUCGUGAGCUAUCUGAAUAAUGAAGCCGUGAUCCCUGUAUAUGCCAACUUGAAUGGCGCGAAAGUGCCCCUCGACAACUCCGUCGGCAUUCUACAACAUUUUGCUCGUUUCCUUCACACGGACAUCAAGACCAAGUUCACGUUCGGGGUUCAACGAAAGUUAUUGACAAUGGCGCGCCGGUGGGAGAGUGGGGCUACACAAAAUUCAUCAUUCGCGGUUUGA